UCAUUGUUCAAUAUUGGGUUGCUUUUCCUCAGUCGCUUUCUGAAUCUGGAUGCCAUGAGACCAUCGGUUAUCCGAAAACAGCUUACAUUAGCGUUACUGAAACCGGACAUUUGUGCCAAUGCCUCUUUACCACCUAAAGUGUACGAGGCCAUUGCUAAUCGCUCUUUGACCAUUGUCAAACAACGUGAUGUGUUGUGGACGGAAGCUCAGGCAGGGGCUUUUUAUGCGGAGCAUCAAGGAAAAUUCUUUUAUCAACGACUGUGCGGCUAUAUGACGAGUGGUCCCUUUCAAGCCUUGAUUCUCUCUGGGCCUGAUGCCAUUAAAGAAUGGCGCUCGCUUAUUGGCCCUACACAUCCAGUGCGAGCAAGAAUCCAUCAACCCACUACGCUACGUUCAUUGUAUGGUCUUACGGAUACGAGAAACUCUUUUCAUGGCUCUGAUUCCGUGGAAACGGCUCGUCGAGAAAUCGAAUUUUUCUUCCCGACAUUUGAUCCAGAAGCCUAUCCUACCUCCUCAUGAUUUCAUCAUAGUGGCAAACAAUCAUAAAUAACAUUGUAUAUCAUCCAAAUAGAAUUUAACUAGUAUUAUUGCUACAUCCUGUAUCCCCAUGCUUUAAACACCCCCCCCCCAAAAAAAAAAAAUCGCCUGGCAUUUGUUUAGUUG